GAUGACACGCCGAAUCAAACGGCAAGGAAACCUUUCUAUGACUGUAACAUCAACACUUUUCAUCAAUGAAACAAGAAAGUCAAAUGAAUUGACCAUCUACGGGUAACUUUGUGUUAAGUAAGCAGCAAAGGGAUCUUCAGUGGCAGCAGACGUGAUCACAAACUCGGCAUCCAAGGGGUAACUACGUCCAGACAUUUGUGACAGUCUAUUAACUUUUCAUCAUUACAUCAUUUUUGUAAUUCAAGUAACUUAAAACUUUAGUUUUUGAAAAAAAAACUUAUUUUUCGGAUAAAAAUGCAGCCUUCGAGUGGGCCCCAGAUGCCAUUUGUACCAACCACAGCGUCGCCAGCAACGCUUAUUCCUUUUUCGGGGUUAAAAGUUCCGAACCCGACGUACCCUGCUCUCUCGGCUUCUGGGUCUGGACUGUCUGCAGUCGCUGCCGCGGUGAUGACCCAUCCCAGUCUACUGACGGCCGAAUUUCACCACCGGGCUCAUUUGUAUGACCUCUCCCGGCUACAGUAUGGUUUUCACGGGUACCACCCUCAUGCAUUUUCACCCUACCAUCCCGCCGCUGGGUCCCCAGGGUUUGCCCAUGCUUUCUUGUACGGCAGAACGACGGCGGAUCCGCGUACCAGAUUUCUCCACGAGGAACCGAAACCCAGUCAUAGCUAUAUUGGUCUUAUCGCCAUGGCAAUUCUCAGUGUUAAAGAGAAAAAACUUGUGUUAAGUGACAUCUACCAGUGGAUUUUGGACAAUUAUGCAUAUUUCCGCACUCGAGGACCAGGCUGGAGAAACAGUAUAAGGCACAAUUUAUCCCUAAAUGAUUGCUUCAUAAAAGCUGGGCGUAGUGCAAAUGGCAAGGGCCACUAUUGGGGCAUACACCCUGCAAACAUCGAAGAUUUCAAGAAAGGGGACUUUCGCAGGCGCAAAGCACAGCGAAAAGUUCGCAAACACAUGGGUCUCUCCGUGCCUGAAGAUGAAGAUAGCCCAAGCCCAUCGCCAACGGCUCCCCCCUCUGACUGGCAGAGAAGAAUGUUUGCCGAUUCUCCUUGCCCAAGUUCAGACGCAGACGACAAAGAUGCUGUGCAAGAUAAAACAAUCGCUGCACCUUCAUCCCCAGUGGCAGAAGAAGAGGAGUUGAUAACAGUGCUCCCCAUUUCCUCAGCGAGCAGAAAACGCAUGUUUGAUGUAGAAAGUCUGUUGGCACCGGACGAUGAUAGCAAGUGCAACAAAACUAAACGACAACGCGUGGAGGAAGAUUUCGCAAGUACAAGUGAAACGAAGCUCACAGAAGAUGAUAAUACUGAUCCAGAAGAGAGAAAAGUGAAUGACAACAAGGAAAGUCGUGAAAUAAAAACUGAAGCAAACACAUGUAGCAGAGAAUCUCCCCCAGUAGCCAGACAAUUAAUAACUGGUGGCUACCGCCAUCACACUGGGGAGUUAGUUUCGUUUUCUGGAACGGGCUUCAUGUGGCCUCGUCUGAGCCCUCACACCGCUACCCUCCACGGCGCCUUUCCACAAACAAGCAGCGCAACGGUGACUUCAUGGUCUACCUUGGCUUCACACAGCCAAAUAUCUCCUCGCUUCCUUCGACCCACCACGUCCGUCUCGCCGCGUGAGAAUAAAGACGUUGACUCGUUCAGGUGGCAAGAAUCGCUAGCUAAAAUAAUGGCCAAAUCCUACGACAAAAAGUUGAGCAAUCCUGACAGUGAGUAACUACAAUAUUUAUAUUAUACAAGUUGAUAUCCACAUGCCAAACUGUACAUAUAUUUGUUAUAUUGUAGUAUAGAUAAGUGUUUACAAUAUGUUGUCAUUAGUUUAUCCAAAACCUGAAGUCGCAUAUUAUAUGGUUAUACUGUUAUUAUAAAAAGGAUAGAUAUUGCCACGCAUUAUUGAAUUGAUAAUAUUUAAUGAGACUUUAGUUAUAAGAACGAGACACAAUAUUUUUUUAUUUCAAACGUGCAAUUUAAAUCAUAUUUAUAUUUUAUCAUUUUGUCAGUCUAUUGUUACAAAGCGAUUAGUAUUUGAGGAUUAAAGGAUUCCUUUUCACUGAAAAAUGUCAGAAACAACGGUUUUGUUACCAAAAUGACAUUAUCUUUUUGUACUCCUCAGUACAAGUUAGGUGCCACAUCGAUAUCGCACCUCCCUAAACAUAUCGAUUUCAAAAGGGAGAAGUUUUUUAUCAUGAUUAGGAUACGCUGCGGUUGCACAUGCGGUUGCAUUUUGCAGUUUUUCAGUUCUUGAGAUAAUCGUUAUUAUUGAUAAAUGUAUUUAAUGAUACAAAAAUAUUGUAUAUGUGUACAGCUUUUUCACACAAUAUGUAUGUGGCGCCUUUAAAUGUUCCGUAACACUUAGUAUUGAUCAAAAAAUUAAUGCUGUGCGUUAAAAUAUUGUUUCCAUCGUCAGUGUGCAAUAAUCUUUUAUGUUGUUACUUUUUUUUUCAAUUGAAAUAAUUAAAAAGCAUUAAAUGUAGCUGCGUUAAUGUUCCAAUUUUUAUGUUGUUAUUUAUUUUCAAAUGGAUAAUUGAAAUGUAUAAAAUGUAGCCACAUUAAGGUUUCAAUUUUCAGUAUAUUUUCAUAAAUGUUAAGAAAGAUUUCUGGCAAAUCUUUGCAUAUUUAAAGCGAAGGAACAUAAUCAAUUUUAUUACUUUAACAAAAUUGAUAUUCAUGUAUCACAGUGUUUUGAUAGCACUAGCGAGAUUGAAAAAAAAAGCACGUUAUAUAUGUAUAUCAUGAGCAGUUUCCGCCUAAAGCUGCAUGCAGGCAGCACAGUUUAUAAUCUGGGGUUAUCUCGGAGAGUAAGAAAAUUUGUUCAUUUUAAAUUCUGUUUUUAGCGAAAACGGAUGUCACCCAAAUUAAGGAUCUGUAUGUAUAUGAGGAUGCGUGACCAAAUGUUUAGGUCACGCGCAUGUAAAAUAAACAUAAUCACAAAGACGGGGAGUAACCCCUUUCAACUUCCUGUAGACCGCGUUUGACACUUACCUAACCUUAUUACUUGUACUAUUUUAUAAUACAAGUAAUUCUAGGAACUUUUGUAAGGUGGAAGAACUUUUUACUUUACAUGGGGCAUUUUAAAUUAAGUUUGUACAUGAAAAAUGUUCAUGUGUGAAAU